AUGAAUUCAUUCUUUCUUCUUGAAUCAUAUCGAAUCUUUUCCACUACUACUACUACUACUACUACUACUACUACUACUACUACUACUACUACUACUACUACUACUACUACUACUACUACUACUACUACUACUACUACUACUACUACUACUACUACUACUACUACUACUACUACUACUACUACUACUACUACUACUACUACUACUACUACUACUACUACUACUAACAUUAUCACUACUUUUAAUGGGUUGAUGUAUAUAUGUGUCAGGUUUUAA